CGGCCAGAUUGGCUGCCAGAUCUCAGCUCAUGAGCUGACACUCCAUAAAGGGUCCACAUCAUCUGUAUCCUGUAUAUAGUGUGACCAGGAAAAGGAGGCGCGUGACUGCUGUAUACUGAGUAUUGUUUCAUCUUGAUGCACCAUGUGCAAAGCAACAGCCCAUUCUGGAAGUGGAGUUCAAAGGUCAAAGAAAUGGUUAUCAGUUCCUCGCCUUUCUAUUAAGCGCCGGAUCGGGCAGCUACGACCACCGUUUCUUCGCUUACGGUCCUGGCAGAUCCUAAAACCCCUGGCGAAGGCCGGUUUACACCCAACUACACGGGUCAGCCGGGCUGUAUACACCAGAGCGCCCACGCGCCUCCUGUCUCGCCUUUGGGGACUGUUGAAUGAGGUUAGCCUGCCCCACUGGCUGCGGCGCCCCCUUCUGUCCAUGUAUGUCUGGGCAUUCUCUGUAAACAUGCAAGAAGCUGAAGUGGAAGAUCUUAACAGAUACAAGAAUCUGGGGGAGCUAUUCCGGCGUCCAUUAAAGGCGACCGCUCGCACCAUUUCUCCUCAGUACUUAGUCAGUCCUUGUGAUGGUCGGGUCCUACAUUGUGGCCGAACCCGCGGUUCACAGAUUGAACAAGUGAAAGGUCUCUCGUAUUCAUUGGAGAACUUCCUGGGAACUCAAGACUGGCGGGAGUCAGGAUACUCCGACCUUAAAUUUGUGAAGCAGUUGGGCGUCCGUCCCUCUAAUCGUCUCUACCACCACGUUGUGUACUUGGCUCCAGGAGAUUAUCAUCGAUUCCAUUCUCCGGCCGACUGGAGCAUUCAGCACCGAAGACAUUUUCCAGGAUCCUUGCUCUCAGUCAGCCCCCAUGUUGCCCGAUGGGUCCCUGAACUAUUCUGUCAGAAUGAGCGUGUGGUUCUCAGUGGACAAUGGCAGUUUGGCUUCUUCUCCCUUACUGCUGUAGGUGCCACCAAUGUCGGCUCCAUCCGCAUCUAUGGUGAUUCAAACCUACGCACAAAUCAUUCUUGUCACAAGAAAGGAAAACAUCAUGACUGCAGCUACACGGAGCAGUACGGGCCCACCGGCCUAGCCCUGGCAAAGGGGGACCCUCUGGGAGAAUUUAACUUUGGUUCCACCAUUGUUCUGGUCUUUGAAGGCCCUCGAGAUUUCAAGUUUCACACAAAAGGUGGAGAAAGAAUCUUCAUGGGUGAAGCGCUGGGGGCCCUGUAACUCCUCAUGGUCCUCAGUCAUGGCCCACCCCUCCUCAGUCAUCCCCCACCCCCCUCCUCAGUCAUGGCCCACCCUCCUCAGUCAUCCCCCACCCCCUCCUCCUCAAUCAAUGCCUUCCCCUCCCAAUCAUGCCCCCCCCCCCCCCUACCAGUCAUGGUCCGUGGUGCAGGGCGCCCAAUACU